AUGUCAUUAGUCCUUGACAUGUGUCAAACGUUGGACAUCCAAGAUGGCCGUGUCCCACUUCGUCUUAUUUGUUUAUUAUUUAGAGUGAACAUUCCAGAAUUUCUUCAGUGUAUUGCCAAUAGACAUAUAGCUCGCAGAGGUCCCGAUAACUUAGAUAAGAUUGUGGUGACCGGUAGAGUGGAUAUCACGAGACCCCAAAGCCGAUUCCAUACUCUAUGGACCGACGAAGUAAAGCUUACAGGCCUUAAUAUUACACAGCGGCGGAGGCUUGACGGGGAAAUGGGGCAAGAUAUGCGACACCAACUCGACCUUCAGUAA